UGAGAUAUAAUGAAUUAGUAAAAGACAGAUCUGGAUCCAAAAGAUCAAAUCUUAAACAUUUCGAAAAACAAACCUGUGGGACAGUAUAUUUUUUUAUCAAAAAUAUUUUUGAAUAAGUUUGGACAAUUGAGUUUACAUGCUUUAGGAGAUGCUACGAUAAAUGUCAUUUCUAUUGCAUAGGCACUUGAAAGAAAAGUUCUUUCAUAUAUUAUUUUUAUAGAAAUAUGCAAAAAUAAUAAAAAUAGAGACCCAAACUUACUCGCCAACUGAAAAAUCUGGAGGAAAGAAAAUCAAAUUGAUUGCUUAAUUGGAUGUCACAGAAGAAGGAAAGCAACUAAUCAAGGAGGAGUUGGAGAAUAGGAAGAAACCUUAAUAAGAUGUUUAAGAUAUAAAUUAAUGAAAACCAA